UCAAGUUCAUAUUUAUUUAUCGUAAAUUACUGAUAACAUUUAUUUCUAAUACAAUUAUAUUUUUUACUACUUUUUAAGAGUUUAACUAAUCUUGUAAUCAUCAACGUUGCAUAAAAAUUUCCAUACAACGUUUGAACUCUAUGAUACGCGCAAUGUCGGAUGUGAAUGUCAAAGCGGGCAUAGAAUGCAUUUUAAAACGCAUCGAUGAGGCAUAUGCACGCCGGCCGACGCAUAUUACACACCCGAAGCCGCAGCUGGUAGCGGUUAGCAAAACAAAGCCGGUUGAAUUGAUCAUCGAAGCCUACGAGGCUGGUCAGCGACAUUUCGGUGAAAACUACGUGCAGGAGUUGGUGGAAAAGGCGCAACAUCCCGAUAUUUUGCAACAUUGUCCGGAGAUUAAAUGGCAUUUUAUUGGACAUCUUCAGAAUAACAAAAUCAAUAAAGUACUCAAACUACCCAAUCUAUAUAUGAUUCAAACUGUUGACAACGAAAGAUUGGCCAAUGGACUAAACACCGCUUGGGAAAAAUUCCAAAGUGCUGAUAAAAGACCACUUUCAGUUUUAAUACAAAUCAAUACUAGUGGUGAAGAAGCUAAAAAUGGCGUGCCACCAAGCGAAGCUCCAGCACUGUACAAGUACAUAAAAGACAAUCUAAAAAAUCUGCAAUUAGAAGGUGUUAUGACUAUUGGCGCAUUUGGCUUUGACUAUACAACUGGACCGAAUCCCGAUUUUAUUUCGCUGAUAAAUGUGCACAAACAAAUAUGCGAAGAGUAUAAUUUGGCACCAGAGGCCGUGCAGGUAUCCAUGGGCAUGUCGGAUGAUUUCGAAAAUGCGAUUGAAGCUGGCAGCACCAUUGUACGUGUUGGAAGUGCAAUUUUCGGUUUUCGUGCGAAAAAGAAUGCUUAAUGGACUGAUUUUUUGCUUUGAAUGUGAAUAUAUUUUAAAACUUUGACUUCCCAACUUCCAUAACAUAAUGUUAAAAAUAAGUAUUGGACUUAAUAUGAUGUUUUUGUAGUUGUAAAGUUAUAUAACCAUUGUUAUAAUAAACUGUGUAAUGUGUUUAAAAGUUCCAAGUGUUACUAAUAUAUAUACAUAUAUACAUAUA